GCACUCAAAAUGACCUAAACGGUACUCAAAAUCAAGAUUAGGUUUUCACACAUUAAAAGAAAAAAGAAGGAAAACUUUGAAAAAACGCGUUUGACCUUGUAAACCCCGUCCGUCCACCAUUACAAAGGGCAAGAGCGGACUCUUCUUCCAUUUCACAGAAGAUCGGAAAAAAGAAAAGAAAUUAUAUAAUCCCUUAAAAACAAUCCAAGAAUCUCCAGCUCAUCUCACAACCACCUUUCUUUCUUUUACCUGCCAUCAAUCAAGCCACUAACAUCUCGUAUUUUUUCUUUUUUAAUUAUUUUUUAUAGAAAUUUUCUCUCUGUUGUUCUUGAUCUGAUCUUUUUGUCCAAAACCCAUCUUUUUUUCCAAGAUUUCUAUAGUGGGUUUUGUGUGUUUUCUCCAUUCGUCCGCCGUGUGGUUAAAUCCAUGGCGGACUUAGUGAAGCAAAUCUUGGCAAAGCCUAUUCAAUUAGCAGACCAAGUUAUCAAAACAGCAGAUGAAGCGAGCUCUUUUAAACAAGAGUGUGCAGAACUCAAAUCCAAGACAGAAAAACUCGCCGCUCUACUCCGUCAAGCAGCUAGAGCUAGCUCUGAUUUAUACGAGCGACCUACUCGCCGGAUCAUUGACGAUACAGAGCAAGUCCUUGAUAAAGCUCUAACUCUUGUUCAAAAAUGCCGUGCCAAUGGUCUCAUGAAGCGCGUUUUCACUAUUAUUCCAGCCGCCGCGUUUCGUAAAAUGUCAUCUCAUUUGGAAAAUUCAAUCGGCGACGUGUCGUGGCUUUUACGAGUUUCGGCGUCCGCCGAUGACCGUGACGACGAGUAUUUAGGAUUGCCUCCGAUUGCUGCUAAUGAGCCAAUUCUCUGUCUUAUAUGGGAACAGAUAGCGAUUCUCUAUACUGGAUCAUUAGACGAUAGAUCUGAUGCUGCCGCCUCGCUGGUAUCGCUGGCAAGAGACAACGAUCGGUACGGGAAGUUGAUUAUCGAAGAAGGAGGAGUUCAACCUUUGUUGAAGUUGGUCAAAGAUGGGAAAAUGGAGGGUCAAGAAAACGCUGCAAGAGCAAUCGGAUUGUUGGGUCGGGACCCGGAAAGCGUAGAGCACAUGAUCCAUGCCGGUGUUUGUACGGUGUUUGCGAAAAUCCUCAAAGAAGGUCCGAUGAAAGUUCAAGCUGUUGUAGCUUGGGCUGUAUCAGAACUGGCUGCGAAUUAUUCAAAAUGUCAAGAUCUUUUUGCGCAGCAUAAUGUAAUUCGGUUACUAGUGGGUCAUCUUGCAUUUGAAACAGUUCAAGAACAUAGCAAAUAUGCAAUUACUAGCCAUAAAGCCACUUCAAUCCAUGCUGUUGCUGCUGUAAUAAAGACACCGCCGGUAUCUGCACCUGAGGAAGAUCAAAGUCGAAUUCCUCAUCCAACGGGUAAUCAAACGCAAAUUAAUCGGUUGCAUACUGUUGUUGCUAACACUAUGGCUUUGAAUGCUGCUUCUAAGCCUAAACAAGGGGGUAGUAAUAACAAUAACAAUAAUAACAAUGGGAAUAACAGUAUGAAGCUAAAUCAUCAUCAACAGAGUCCUUCUCUUUCUGGGGUUAGUCUUAAAGGAAGAGAAUUUGAAGACCCUGCAACGAAGGCGAAUAUGAAAGCAAUGGCAGCUAGAGCACUUUGGCAACUUGCCAAAGGAAAUUCAUCAAUUUGUCGAAGUAUAACUGAAUCAAGAGCACUUUUGUGCUUUGCAGUGUUAUUAGAGAAAGGGACUGAAGAUGUUCAAUUCAAUUCAGCUAUGGCUUUAAUGGAGAUAACAGCUGUAGCAGAAAAUGAUUCUGAUUUAAGAAGAUCAGCAUUUAAGCCUAAUUCACCUGCUUGCAAGGCCACUAUUGAUCAAUUGUUGAGAAUCAUUGAAAAAGCUGAUUCUGAUCUUUUAAUACCUUGUAUUAAGGCUAUUGGGAAUUUGGCAAGAACAUUUCGAGCUACAGAGACAAGAAUGAUUGCUCCAUUGGUUAAACUUCUAGAUGAAAGGGAAGCUGAAGUUUCAAGAGAGGCUGCAAUUGCUUUAUCAAAAUUUGCCUGUACAGAUAACUAUCUUCACCUUGAUCAUUCCAAGGCGAUUAUACAAGCUGGAGGGGCAAAGCAUUUAAUUCAACUUGUUUAUUUUGGUGAACAAAUUGUUCAACUUUCAGCAUUGCUUCUCUUAUCCUACAUUGCUUUGCACGUCCCAGAUAGCCAAGAGCUUGCUCAAGCUGAGGUGCUUACUGUGUUAGAAUGGGCGUCUAAGCAAUCUUUUGUUACUCAAGAUAAAAUAGUCGAGUCAUUGCUACCAGAGGCUAAAAGCAGACUGGAGCUUUAUCAAUCUAGAGGUUCAAGGGGAUUCCAUUGAUUUUUGAACUUGAAUAAUGAUACUUAGUGUUCUUAGUAUGUUCUUGCAUAUAAUUUCUUUUUUCUUGUCUAUUUUGCUUCUGUCAUUCUAAUGGAGUGUACAUACAAUUACUUCUUUUUCAUUUAUGAUUUGUUUCAAAGAAUUAUGAGUCUUUUUGCAUAGCUUCAUUGUACAAUUUAGCUAAGCUCUUUGUCAUGGCCAGAACAAGUUUUGGAACACUUUUUAUGUUAAUGUCAUAGUAUCCCUCUUCCUCUUCUUCA